AUGACAUCGGAGGUCGAUGUUGCGCUUGCUGUGCUCCGCCAGGUCCACACUGAGCAGAAAUAUAGGGAGCUCAAAGAAGCGCUGCGGGAGAGCCUCGAUCGAGGCCUCGUGCUUUCAGCGCGGUGGCUAGGGGAGUUGGUUGCAAGCUUGGGCCGGAAGCUCGAACCGCAGCUGUUAGAUAACGAUGCGGAAACCGUUGGAACGAAGCGUGGAGAAAGCGAUCUGUUUUUUUAUGGAAAAGCGCUGUUCGAUGCUCGCGAAUACCUGCGAGCAGCCUCUAUCCUUGAGGCUUGCACUUCGAAGCUCGGUCGUUUCCUGCGUUGGUACUCGCUAUUCCUCCAUGGAGAAAAGCGCAAGGAGGAAAUGCUUUUAGAAGUGUCUCCUGCGGGGUGUGCUGCCCCCUGCAAGCCACAGAACACGCUGGCGGCCUCUAUCGUCCAGGAGAUGGAUAAAGCUGUGCAGUCCGAUGCGAGCCUUCCCGAGGACGCUUAUAUUUGCUGGUUACGCGGGACUGCGUUGAAGGCCUGUGGUUGUCGAAAAGAGGCACUUUGUGCUUUUAUCGAAGCGCUGCAGCGGAAACCACAUCUCUGGGCAGCAUGGACGGCGUUGCAUGAACUCGGAGAGGACUACAGCUCUAUCAUUUCGGCGCUGCGUACGUUACUGGAGACCGGUAAGGCCUGGAUGUUUGCAUUCUUCCUCGUCAUGCAGUCCGGAACCUUUUCGGGGGAAACUUCGAUCAUUCCAGUGCUGCAGGCGUUAUCAUCUGAGUUUCCCGACUCGGUAACUUUACUGCAUCUGUUGGCCCAUGCUCACUUCAGUGCGCAUGAUUUUGAAACUGCAGCAGAACUGUGCAGGCGCCUUCGCGAGUUAGACCCGUACUUUCUCGACGCUGUUGACCUUUAUUCGAACAUCCUCUUCGUGCAGGAGGAUCAGGCAACAUUAAGCACCCUUGCUCGUGAUUGCGUGCAGAUCGACAAGUAUCGGGCGGAAACAUGCUGCGUUGUGGGCAAUUAUUUUGCUUUACGUCAAAACCAUGAAAAAGCGGUGCAGUACUUUCGAAGAGCGCUGACCCUUAACCGUUCGUACACCACCGCUUGGAUCCUGAUGGGUCACGAGUUCCUCGAGAUGCGCAACACAUCCGCAGCUGUGGAGGCCUAUCGACGCGCUAUCGAUCUCGACCCAGCGGACUUUCGUCCUUAUUAUGGUUUGGGGCAGACCUACGAACUGCUCCACAUGCCUCACUAUGCACUCUAUUACUUUGAGAAAGCGGCAACUCUGCGACCAUGUGACGAUCGCAUGUGGGCGGCAGUCUCCCAGGCACUCCAAGACAUUGGUCGGCUUGAUGACGCCGUUCGCUGUCUAGAAAAAGCAUUGACCUGGAAUCCUGAUAAUUGGAGCUAUGCAAAGAGAGCUGGAGAUCUGUUCUGGGAAACUGGACAAUACGACUCGGCAGCAAAACAUUACGCAACGUACCUGGAGAUCCGCAGGGCGCUUAGAGCGCCACAUGCGACAAUUGACACCGACGAGGCCGACGUCGUUGUCCGUAUGAUGACCUAUCUGAGGCAGCGAGGUGAGCUCAAACUUGCGAACGAGUAUCUCGAGUACAUGACGGCCGUUGAAAGCGCUGAAAAGCGGGAGACGAUGCGAAAAUUAGCAUGUGAUGCCUCCGACCCUGCACUCUGA